ACUCAGCGGACUCUUUUCUGAGUGGGACGGCGAACAGUAGCAUCCAACAACAUUCCGGCUCCGCCACCACCACUUUUAAUCCUCUUAAGACUCCAACUCCUCGACCAGUAGCAUGCAGAACAUGUUGACCAUCAUCUCCAACGCACUGUGCCGGAUCACCGGCAGGAAUGUGGGAGCCCAAACAGUGUCUGAGUUGCUGAUUGGCCUGUCAGAGUACGUCAGUCUAACCUUCCCGGCGGUGCCCGACUUGGCACGGACACAGCGGCUGCCUCCCAAACCGCCGCCGACACCAACACCGCCGCCGGUAGUAGCUGCUAGCGCGACCGCGGCUCUCUUAGCUAGCAUGCCGGCCGAGACGUUAGCCCGACCUGCCACUUCGCGCUCAUUUGCCAACUUCACACCUCAGGUGACGUUUGACAUCAAGAAAUGUGAUCUGCAUGGUUUGGAGGAGGGGCCUCCAGUUAAGGCGGAGCUAACGCGUGAGCAGGGCCUGCAGUAUUACCGCACCAUGCAGACGGUGAGGCGCAUGGAACUGAAGGCCGAUCAGCUCUACAAGCAGAAAAUCAUCCGCGGGUUCUGUCACUUGUACGAUGGGCAGGAAGCCUGUGCCGUAGGUAUCGAGGCCGCCAUUAAUCCGACCGAUCACCUGAUCACUGCGUACCGUGCGCAUGGCUACACGUACACCCGCGGUGUGCCCGUCAAAGAGAUCCUGACAGAGCUCACAGGCAGGAAAGGCGGCGUGUCCAAGGGCAAGGGUGGCUCCAUGCACAUGUACGCACCCCAUUUCUAUGGAGGCAACGGCAUUGUGGGAGCGCAGGUUCCGUUGGGUGCUGGGAUCGCUCUGGCCUGCCAGUACCAAGGUAACAAUCAACUCUGUGUCACGCUGUACGGGGAUGGAGCGGCCAAUCAGGGGCAAGUCUUUGAGGCCUUUAACAUGGCCGCCCUCUGGAAGCUCCCCUGCAUCUUCAUCUGCGAGAACAACAAGUUCAGCAUGGGCACGUCGGUGGAGAGGGCGUCGGCCAGCACUGACUACUACAAGAGAGGGGACUACAUACCGGGAAUCAGAGUGGAUGGGAUGGAUGUCCUGUGUGUGAGAGAGGCUGUGAAGUUUGCCGCCGACCACUGCCGAGCUGGAAAGGGUCCAGUUGUGGUGGAGCUAGAGACCUAUCGUUACCAUGGACACAGCAUGAGUGACCCCGGCGUCAGCUACCGCACUCGGGAUGAGAUCCAGGAAGUGCGCCUCAAGAAUGACCCCAUCUCUGUGCUGAAAGGAAGAAUGCUGGACAACAAUAUGGCGUCAGCAGAGGAAUUAAAAGAAAUGGACUUGGCCAUUAAGAAAGAGGUGGAGGAGGCCGCCCUGUUUGCCACGUCCGACCCGGAGCCACCGCUGGAUGAUCUUUGCAACAAUAUCUUCAAAAGCGAUACACAGCUGGAAGUCCGCGGGACCAACCCCUGGUCAAAGCUCAUAUCCGUAAGCUAGUCUGGCUGAGUUUCAGAUUGGCUUUCUCCUGCUACUAAAACAAGGCCCCGGGGCUUUGCAGCAUUCAGCACCUUCACGGGCCUGGACUUGGACCUGUUUGCCACUUUUUGUAUAUGUAUUAAUAUAUGCUCUUGACCUUUUUACUAAAACUGCAGAUGGAUUGUAUGAGUCUGAUUCUAUUUAAGGUUUUUAUGUGAUGAUUCUGAACUGUAUUUUAUUGUUAUAUACAAGCAGCAAACAUCAACAGUUAGGCGCACUUUCAUUUUUGGGUUUGUCUGUUUUUAUUUAUUUAUUUUUUAUAAACUUACAGCGAAGGAGGAACGCUUGUUUCCCCUGAUUUGUUUGAUGCUGCCAAUAAAAAAAAAAAAGUGUGUGGUUUUGCUGUUAUAUCAUCUACCGCUAGAUGUCUCUGCAGAACUAGAAGUGGAAUGAAACGCAGUCAUGGCAACAAAGCAAUGGAUUUAUUAAAAAAAAAAAAACAUAACAUUUAGAUUGGGAAUAAUUUUCAGUAUGAGGAGCCAAAAGAGCUACACUUUCAUAACUGACGCCAUCUUUGACGGCUACAGUGAAAACUUGCAAAGCUAAUAAAAAUGCAUGAUUUACCCUUAUUUGACCUAAAACCAUAUUUUGUGUUAACUGCUUAAACACUACAAUAAUGACAGAACGGGAUAGAAAAUUACUUUUACAUUUUAGCAAAACCUGCCUUUACUACAUGGAAGAACAAUAUCAAUAGACGCAUGUAUGCCAAUUCUACAAAUAUUAAGCAAUAUACUUAAUUCAUUGAUAAUAGAUUGUUUUUGACUAUUUAACUGGUUUUUGAUCGUUUGCAUUGUUUUUCACUCCACCUCACCUUCAGUCUUUCCACUUAUUGCAUUUUUGCAUUAAUUAAAACUUGUAGUUAUUUAUAUACAUUUUAUUUUUAACACUUUGUAUUUUGUUUUCCUGUAUCAUUACACGAGCUAUACUGUGAUUAUUUUGUAGUUUGUUUUUUUAUUCUUGCAAAAAAAAUGCCUUUUAUUACUUUUAUUGCUGCAUAAGAUAUCAAUAUAUUGUCACAAUAUUUCUGUUUUAUACACCUAAACAGGAUAUGAGCUAACUUUAAUGACAUAUCUAGUUAACACAUUGUGUCAACAUGUGAAAGAUAUGGUGUGGAUAAAUUAUAAGUAGUAGGCAGUCGAAUCUAAUGUUUUUUAAAAAGUGGAAUGUGGUUUAUUUAAUCAGAGUUAACAGAUUUGUUUGAGUUCCCCGAGGGAGGCUUCGACCCCGGAAGCGUUCUAGCCGCGCCCCUGCUACAUUGUUCACGUUGUCACUUGCUUUCUUUUGAGUGUUUUUAAAAUAAAAAUGGUGUCUU